UUCUAAGCUCUCGUCAGUUGAAGGAGUGUCAGGCUACAGUGCAGUUCAGAUUUCAGAGUCCCAGUUGAUCAUCAGUUGAAACCUGUUCUCAUAUCUAAACAUUUUAAGGCACUCAAUAUGAAGGGUCUUGUGUUCUUGACGGUUUUGUUGGUGAUUGGCUGCGUUGCUGCGUACAGCGAUUCUAAAGAUGAUUUGACUCUGCGAGAGCUGCUCGUCAAGCUCAAGAGACAUCUGGAGACCGAGGAAUAUGCGGCGCAAGAGGAGCUUGAAGGUCGACACUUCGGGGAAUACAAACGAUUUUCAUGCUUGACUGGGCGUGUCGAAUGCCCGCCGGACCGACCAUAUUGCCAUGAUGGUCCGGACGGAGUUGGGAGAUGUUUUUCAGCUUAAAGGUCCAUGCGAUAGAAGUGGAGCUGGGCUACUGAAACACUGAGUAAUCAUUGAAGCAUUAACUCACGUUGUCAUUGCGGUAAACAUAAAGACAAUAAAUAGUCGAGAGUAGUCAUAGUUAUAUAUUAAUUAUCCCCCAUGUCGCAAAUCACCAAUUAAAAGCAAACCGUAUACUCUCCAGUUUGUGCACAAUAGUUUACAACAUUAUUUGUCUUGAUUCAUGGGGUUGAACAGAGAAUUGAUCAGAGUGUGAGUCGAACCAACGACCUCCGGAUUAGUGUGCCGGCGCUCUACCAACUGAGCUAUCUACCCCUAUGUUGGCGGUUCCCCUAUUUUGUCAAUAUUUUUGUUCGGGGUGAGAGUAUUUUUCUUCAUGAAAAGCUGGUUUGGAGGACCACUCUCAGUGAGAUUUCUGGCAACAAUUUCAGCAAAACUUCACAAGUUGUAUUUGUAAAGGGAAGUAUUUGGAAAAAGGUUGAAACAAAUGUCAUUACUAAAGCAGCUUGAGUAAUAUACAAAUCUACCAAUUUGCUAAUAACUUCGCUGAUAAAUGGUAACACUUUCUUCCGGUUCUUCAACAUUUCUGUUAGUUAAUACCUGGCCAAAUUCAAUAGGUCUGCUUAAACACAAUAAGCUUAGCACAAUAAAUUCAUGCUUACCAGAACAGGGAUACACGACAAAUACUUUGUCACAUGUACGACUGUAGGAAGGAAGUUUAAGUUAAUAAACUGAAGAAUUUGCAUUGAG